UGAAUCUUCCAAUUUAGAAUUGUGGAAACCUCGUCCCGCCAAUGAGACUUCUAUAAUCUAUACCAAAGGGUUUAUCCGGUGGCUCUUCAUCUUUUAAAGAAAAUUCUAGAUGUUUGAAUAAAAUGACCAACGGGAAAUCUGUUCUAACAUCCUCUUCUAUCAGGAGGUCUGCUAGAAUAAGUGCCCGGAGAAAAGUGCGGAUAAUGGAGGCUCUAGAGGAUGGAUCGGAGGAGUCUACCUCCACCACAUAUCCUCCAACCUACUCACCUUGCGAAUUUUUUCUAUUCCGAGCUAUAAACGCCAUCAUGGUUAUUUUUUUCUUAAUUGCAAUAUCUCUCCUGAAAGAUGAUGAUAACGCUUGCUUGUGGGUUCCAACAUUUCUAGUCCCAGCUUUCCUUUCCACAAUAGUAGCAAUCAAACCCCAGCUAUCAGCAUGUACCUGGUGGAAGGGUUGGAUAAUUAUUCAUACAUCCCUCUCCAUCAUCCUUGCUCUACUCUGGUUCAUUCAGCUCAUCCGGACAUAUCAUUCAGAGAAGGAGAAUACUUUCAUCCAACAGACGGAUGGUGGAUCAGAUUUCCAGUUUAACCCCCUGGAUUACGAAGAGGGGAAGGAGACCCUGGGUAUACUAAUUAUCAUUGCUUGGAUGAAAACUACAUCAUAUGUUUCAAAAUCACAAUUCAGAAAUGCGAGUUUGUUGCCUGCACCGAAACGCCUUGUCGCCACUGCCAUCUAUAUGUCAGUUAUUCCACUGUUCCUAACUGGACUCUGCUUAUUAAGAUGUACUUCAAGAUCCAAUUCUUGUCUGGCUAUUAUUGGGUUGUAAUAAAUGAUACAACAGGGUGUCCAGGGAAACAAGAAAAUUAAGAGACGGUUUGAUCUUUGAAAUGGUUAUCGACAUUUAUUGGAAUAUGGUCUUCAACCUUUAAUGUGUUCUUUUCAAGCCUUCUCGACUAAUCUGCUUUGUGGAACACGUUUGGAAUAUAUGUUCUUGUUUUGAACCAACUCCCUUAUAUUUAUAGUAGG